UUGUCUAUAACACACAGUCACACACACAAUCACAAAACACACGGGCAGAUCUCUGCUUUGUUUAUUGUUUUCUCCGUGUCCAUCUCUAAUCCAGACCUCUGCUUGCUUCCAUGGAUUCCUCCGUCACCUUCUCUCCCGCUUCUCCCUAUCAACUUCUCUUCAAUGCACUCUCCCUCGUUCCCCUCUCUCACCUUCUCGUUGCUCUCCUUAUCAUCUUCGUCGUUCUCCUCUACAAUUUCUUCGAGAUUCAUUUUCUUCACGACUUCAUCCGUGGAUUCAGAGGCGACCGCGUUUCCAUCACUGCCUCCGACCCCGACUUCUAUCAAUCCGUUGUUUCCAAGUGCCGGAUUCUUCACGGCAGGUACUUGUCUACUCCAUGGCUUUCCAGUCCUCAUCUCCAGACUAUUUUCCUCAGCAUUUUCGGCAGGCCUCCUCCUGUUUCCUAUAAAAGACAGUUAUUCCGUGUACCUGAUGGUGGAACAAUUGCCUUGGAUUGGCUUAGGAGUUCUGAAGUUAAAUGGGACGGCUAUAGUGUGAAUGUUAGCACUCCUGACAAUGAGAAAAUACCAACCGUUAUAGUCAUUCCUGGACUAACCAGUGACUCUUCUGCAGUCUAUAUUAAGCAUUUUGCAUUUUGGAUGGCAAAACACGGAUGGAAUGUUGUUGUGAGCAAUCAUCGUGGUCUUGGUGGCAUAUCACUUACUUCUGAACGCCUCUAUAAUGCUGCAUGGACUGAGGAUAUUAGGAGAGUGGUUGGCCAUAUUCAUAGUCAACAUCCAGACGCCCCUCUGUUUGUUGUUGGAACUAGUAUUGGCGCAAAUGUUCUGGUGAAAUACCUCGGAGAGGAUGGUGCUAAUGUCCCUAUUUGCGGUGCUGCUGCUAUUUGCUCCCCUUGGGAUCUUUUGAUAUGUGACAGGUUCAUUAAUCGCAGGCUUGUUCAGAGUUUUUAUAAUAAAGCUUUGGCGCAUGGCUUACAAGGUUUUGCGUUAUUGCAUCAAUCCAACUUGUCUCAACUUACAGAGUGGGAAUCCAUUAAGAAGUCACGUUCAGUUCGUGAUUUUGACCACUACGCUACACGCAUCCUUGGAAAUUUUGAGACCGUUGAUGCAUAUUACAGGCACGCCACUAGUUCUACCUGUGUAGGAAAUGUAGCAGUGCCACUUCUCUGUAUCAGUGCUUUGGACGAUCCAUUGUGCACAAAAGAAGCCAUUCCAUGGGACGAGUGUAGGGCAAAUAGGAAUGUUGUUCUAGCAACGACACUGCGUGGAGGACACCUAGCCUUCUAUGAAGGAAUAACUGCCAGCAGCCUGUGGUGGGUGAGAGCUGUUCAUGAAUUCCUUGGCGUACUGCAUUCCAGUCCAUACAUCGGCGUAAUGAAGCAGAUGCAAAAGAGUCAGACAACAGCUCCUACUCCGAGCUUUGCCAUCGACAAGGGUCCUUACGUGAGUGUUUUGGAAGAUGGAAUGGUGACUGCUGUAGGUGACGAGGAGCAAACAGAUGACAGUGUGCAAGACUUGGCAAUCGAGCAAACGGAAAAUGUUAGUCCAAAUGACACAGACAAAGAAAAGGCUGACCAUUUUAGGAAGAAUGACCAAUCAGAGCGGUACCAAGAGAAUAAUACAACACAUGUUACAACUCCCAUAAGGAAAUGCAUAGAUAGUCUUUCACGCCAGAGUGGGAAAUCAAUUUGGCUGCUCGCCUACAUUGCCAUCGUCACAACUUGGCCAAUGGUGCGCCCAGCUCUCUCGUUACUCUUUAGGAAGAGAUAUAAAAAUGCCUCACCUGGAGGAUCACGCAAAAGAUAGAAUUUCGUGUCAUUAAGUAGUAAUAAUAGUAAGUUACUGUUCAAUGGAAAUAAAAUAAUGGAGAAAAGGUUAGAAUUACAUUUACUGUAGUUUGUUAGGAAACAAGAAAUCUGAAACUAGUAUCGUAUUUUAUUGUUCUUUUCCAACUCUUCAUGUAUCAGUUCUGUUAUUAAAAAGAAGUAUAAAAUUGAUCUCUGGUUACUCCAUUU